AUGUCCGCCAUAGACUACGACAUCGCCGACCAAGACGUGGCCGACCUCGCGGGCGAUCGGGAGAAGGAAGCUGGCCAGCACCGCCCUGACUCCUCAGGCCUCAGGCCUUGCGACGUGGAUUUCAUCUGCUCGGACGUCCUGAACCCCGACCGCAACGGGAGCUUCGUGGACCACAACUACACAAGGAUCUCGCGCUACUCCUUGCUGGUGUCCCCCGCGUUCGGCCAGUACGCGCUCUGCAACGGCUACCCCGACACGGAUCCUGCCGGGCCGCUCUGCUUCGGCGGCGACAGCAGGCGAUGGGGAUGGCAAGGAGGAUGA